CACUCUCACACAGGGAAAAGUCUGAAGUUCAGAAUAUCUGUGUCAGCCUAGACCUCUUUGUUUGUUUCCUGCUCCCCAGAUGUCCAAAGCGGCUCCUGCCAGAAAACCAGCGGCUGUGUUCUGCUCCGCUGCAGCCCCUCCCCAUGGACGUUCGCUGGAUAUCAACGACCCCCAGGUUCAGAAAGCAGCCAUUCGCAUCCAGGCCUCUUACCAGGCCCACAGGUCCCAGAAGGAGCUGGGCGAGAAGGGGCCACCGAGAGUGUUGGAGCCGCUGAAGGACCUGGUGCUGCUGAUGGAGGGCAGCGCGGCGAAGCUGAUUUGCUGCGUUUCGGCUUUCUCGGACCUAUUCACCCACUGGGGCAAGGACCGCAAGGAGCUGCGUGACGGGCCCAAGUGUCGUUAUGUCUUCAAGGACCCUGACAUAGUGGCACGUGUGCACGAUGGCGAGCUGGCAGAUCUGAACCAGUACAGCAUCAACGUAACCAACCCCUUAGGCCAGUGCUCCGGCUCGGCGCGCAUCCUUGUGGAAGUUCCAGCGAAGAUUCAGAAGGGACCGGAUAACACUAAGGCGUGCAAAGGCGCCAAGGUAACGCUGAUUGCCGAGAUCCUGGGUGAGCCUGCGCCCAACGUGGGCUGGGCCAAGAACGGGGAAGAAGAAGACGACAGAGUGUUCUUUGAGAUCGGCAGUACCACCACGACGCUGACUAUCCGCCAGGCCACGCCAGAGUACAGCGGCAAGUACGAGGUGUAAGUGGAGAACAGCCUGGGCACGGACCAUCCGUCGCUCGCGUGGAUGCGACCUGAAAGGAAUCCUCAGACCCGUCGCCCUGGCCGGAGCCCCGGGUGGGUGGGUCAGACAACCCUCCUUCAUCUUGCUUAA